UCGGGAGCGCAGGAAGCGCUGGCAGUUGUGAGACCCAUCCGCGUGCCUCCAAGUGCUGUCUCUGCAGGACAUUUUGAUGCUCCUCCUGGAGCAGGGCUGGUGCUGACACCACGCCUAGCCCAGGACGUGCCUCAGGACACAGUCAAGUCCAUAAUCUGCAAUACCACAAAUGGCCGCUAUAUUUGUUACAUAUGCAGUCAUGAAUAUGGAACAAAAUCUAUUAGUAUUUAUGAGCUAAAAUGCCUGAAAAAAUGGCACCAGGAGAAUGACAUGCUACCCAAGCACCUGAGAAGGCCAGAGCCCAAAAAGCCUGAGUCCCAUAUAAGUGUGUUGCCUCAUGCUCCUGGCCUCAAGAAAAUAAUCUCGGUGUUGUUCUUUUUCCGUAAGACUUACUCUCUAUCAUCUGCCAAAGGUUUCUAUGAUCUUGAUUCUUUAAAUGAGGCUGCCUGGAUCAGCGCCCAGAACCAGCUCGUUCCAUGUGAUAUUUGUGGGCGUACUUUUCUUCCAGACAGACUGAUCAUCCACCAGCAUUCCUGUAAACCGAAACGUGCG